AUGUCCCCCACAGACGACUGGUCGCCCGACCCAGAAGUCGUCGACUCACUUGACUCGGACCCGCUUGUGUCCAUAUUUCCUUCUCGCUCGCGUUCAGUCGCAAAUAGAACCGAAGCUCCUGCUCUAGAUGAAACUGUCCCCCUUCUCGGUCAUCCCAAUCCGGUCCGCCACAGGAAACCUUUCUAUCGGCCGCGACCAUUAUGGCUUGUCCCUUUCGCGAUGACGGCCGCUCUGGUGCGGGGAAUGACCCUCGCUUCACGCGUUGAAAUCUUUACUCAAGCCGCUUGUUCCCAAAUCCACCACCAAAACACGCUCCUUGACCCGUACUAUGUCGAUCCCUCCUCAAGCUUUUAUGGAAAUGAUACUCGUCUACCUUCAAACCCCCGGUUGUGCACAUCAGAUCCAAGAGUCACCGCAGGAGCAGCGAAGAUCCAGUUGACAUAUGCAAUCACGAUGGGUAUUUUAAGCGCCCUUACUACUGGCUGGUGGGGUCAAUUUGGCGACCGAUAUGGGAGAACCAAGGUGCUCGCAAUUUCGACUUUUGGAUGGCUGCUCAGUGAUACAUCUUUCAUCCUCGCGUCUACCCCUGGUUCACCUCUAAUUUCUCAUGCACAUAAACUCGUUCUUCUUGCUCCCGUUUUCGAAGGAUUUUUUGGUGGCUGGUCGACGAUCCAAUCAAGCACUUCUGCGUAUAUCUCUGAUUGCACGUCCAGCGGCAGUCGUGCCUCUGUCUUCUCGCGAUUCACCGGUGUCGAGUUCCUUGGAUUCAGUUGCGGUCCCAUCCUCGGUGCUUGGCUGAUUAGACACCCACUGCCUAUCUUCCCUAUGGACAUUGGGAGUCAAAGUGUCACCACGGUUUUUUGGGCAGCUGCCUUUGGUUCUUUGCUGAACUUUUGUUUCGCUGCCUUCCUGUUACCGGAAUCAGUGCCGCGAGACAAACGUGAACGUAUAACAAGUCCCCAAGUCGUCCAGAUCGUGACUGUUCCUACAUCCGGUAAAGACGAUGGCAUUUUUACUGUUCCUUCGUCCGUCAAGCGCUACUUCAGUCCGUUGCGCGCCUUCUUGCCAGUCAUGAUACCCAUUCCUGGUACAACGACGAUGCGGAGGGACUGGAGCUUGACACUGCUCAUGUUUGCGAUGUUCGGGUAUAUGCUCUCAGCGGGUCUUUAUCAAAUCAAGUACCUUUAUGGGUCUCAUGUCUACUCCUGGACACCAGAACAAUUGUCCUACUACAUAUCUUUCAUGGGUGGAGGUCGUGCCCUCUUCCUCCUCUUUGCUUUUCCCCUCAUCAUUUCGACCUUCAAGCCCAAGUCGGCUCCCAGCCAAACAACCGUGAACGGCGUCAAAAUCAAGCCCAAACCCACGCAAGAGCAUCUUGCAAGAGAGAUCAAAUUCGACCUCCGCCUUGCGAGGCUCUCCCUUUGCGUCGACAUCUUUGCCAAUGCAGCCAUCGUCUUGGCGCCUGCACCGUCGAACACGAUGCAUAUUGACACUAGCUCCAAUUCUGAUUCCCAGUUCCGCAACUCACAGGCGCUUUUUGUUGCUGCGAGCUGGACGGGCUCGUGGGGUGCUGGGAUGAUCCCCGCUAUUCGCAGCCUGGUCAUGAGUAUCAUGCAAAGCCGAGCAUUGCUUACUGCAGGUGACGAUGUUGAACCUCAGGGAGUCGACACAGGCAAGCUGUUUGGCUCGGUGGCCAUUCUGCAGGCCAUCGGACAAAUGAUUCUGGGGCCACUACUGUUUGGCCUGAUAUACAGCAGCACAGUUGCGACCUUUCCGAAAGCGGUGUUCUGCACUGCGAUGGGCAUCGUGUUUACCGCCCUUAUUGCGACUCUAUUAACGCGCAGCCCGCUCUCCCAAGUCAAAGGCAAGGGAAAAGCACCAGAAGCUCCACGUAGACGACGACGGAUGCCGGUACCCGUAGAACAAGAAGAAGAGCGCGGCAGGUCGAGAGUGAGCAAGGACCUUCGACGGCAAUCGUCUGGCUAUGACAGCGUCAUCGCAAGCGGAUCUGAAGCCGGGCCUUCUUCAUUAGGCUCCAACUAA